UUCGGAGUCAGCAAGAGUGGCGUUACCUACGUCGAUGAGGGGUUGCGUGUGCCAACUAUGUGGCAAUAAAGUCGCUUCCGAGGACCCAUUCUGUUUCCACGAGGCUUUGACAAAGUGGCUGGAUAACAAUCCAUCAUUUACAUGGAGCUACUUCAACCAGAAAGCUGUUGCUUCCGCUUCGGACUCGUGGUCGCCUCUAGACAAUACUGUCACCGAUAGCGUCCUGAGGCAAAAUGAUGGGACUUCCUCCCCUUCUGCCAUUUCCGUCUCCAGUGCCCCAAGUAUAUCACCCUCAAUGUGCAAAAUUAGCAGCCACGACUUUGAUUUUCAUGAUUUCAGACGCAUUUUAUCCUCCAGCGAAGAUGGCCAACCAACUUUUAUGCCUCCAGACUUUUGUGUUCGACCAUCCUUACACUAUACAUUACGUGCCUCUGCCGGGAAUAUGAAUGAUCUAUCCUCUAUUCCACAGCCAGGGAAGCGACCAUCUUUGACCAUGUCAGACGAACGUGAACUCAUCAAUGAACUCAUUAUGGAUGUCUGUAGGGAAUUGAACCUCAGCUGCUUGUGUUUCAAAAUAUUACAAAACGUGUGUAUAUUGGUUAAAGCCGACCGGGGAUCGCUUUUCCUCGUUGAUCGAGACCGUCUUACCGGAGAGAAAGUUCUAGUCAGCAAACUUUUUGAUGUAACACCUGACUGUUCUUUCAAAGAAGUUCUCCAUCGUUCCGAAAAGCGGCGUGUCACUAUUCCAAUGGGUAUUGGCAUCUCGGGCCAUGUGGCUCAGACGGGUCACUACGCCAACAUCCCAGAUGCUUAUGCGGACUCGCGCUUUAGCGACUCGGUCGACCGAGAGACUGGUUAUAGAACCAAGUGUAUCCUCUGUAUGCCAAUCAAAGACAUUGACGGGGAAGUUCUCGCAGUGGCGUUGCUCAUGAACAAAAAAACACCUGAAAAAGGGCCUGAAUCGUCGCUUCAGAGGACCUCAGCCGUUUCAGUAGGAGAAGGAGAUCAAAAGCAAACUACUUCCAGUGCAUCGGCUACUUUCGAAGUAUCAGACACAUCAGAUUGUUUCACCGAACGGGACGUCCGAGUUUUCAAGUCUUACGUCGCGUUUUGUGGAAUCGGUCUACAUAACGCUCAAAUCUAUCGACGAAGUCGAAUGGAAGCACACAGGAAUCAGGUGCUUCUUGAACUCGCCCGCAUUGUGUUCCGAGGGCACUCGGAUAUCAGCCAUCUGAUUUACACAGUGCUGUCGCACACUGUCUCACUUCUCCAGUGCCAACGUGCCCAACUCCUGUUGGUUGGAGAAAAUGAGUCGCCAGAGGAAACGGUGGCCACCAAUUCGAAGAGUUUCUCACAUGCCUUCAAUUUGGCAUGGAAUGAUGAUCUGGAUUCAUUUCAUUUUACUCCGGCUAUGCACAGUCUGGAAAAUUCACGUUUCCCUUUACAACUUGAAAUCGCUAUGAAGGUUGUUCGGACUGGUGAGCCAAUCAACUUACCGAAUGCGCUCUCGGAUCCGCUUUUCGAUGCCGCGAGCGAACUCACCGUUGAUCCGAUUUGGAGAGCUCAGUCGCUACUCUGUAUGCCCAUCAAACACUCGGAUGGCCGUGUGUUGGCCGUCUGUUUUGUUGUGAAUAAGUGCGCUAAAGAUUGGCGCUUCCCAGACCAACCAGAAUCGUACGAUCCGGCUAUCUCCUACGGCACUCGCCAUGGGUUCCGUCCAUCGCCAUCAGAUUGGUCGAGUGCAUUCUCCCACGCAGACGAGUGCCUAUUUGAAGCGUUCGCACUUUUUGCUGGCUUGGGUUUGGCCAACCGUCAAAUGUACGACCGUGUUAUGCGUUUGGUGGCGAAACAGCGGAUCCUGUUGGAUGUUUUAUCCUAUCACGCGACAGCACCGAAAUCCGAGGCAGCCUGUCUAGCUAAUUCACUGAUUCCUUCUACCAGAUUCUACAAUCUGGAUAGAUUUUCCUUCACAGAUAUCAGAAUGUCCGAUGAGGCAACACUGAAGGCAUGUGUUCGCAUGUUCCUGGACCUGAAUUUCGUGAACGUAUUCAAGCUUGAUAUGCUUCGUCUGUGUCGGUGGAUUUUAUCGGUCAAGAAGAACUAUCGAGAAGUUACAUAUCACAACUGGCGUCACGCGUUCAGCGUUGCGCAAACCAUGUUCGCAGUGCUGUUAAAUGCAGAUCUUCAUUCCCUGUUCACAGAUCUUGAGUGUCUCGCUCUGAUGGUAGCUUGUCUAUCUCACGAUUUGGAUCAUCGUGGUACAGACAAUCAAUUCCAAGUCAAGACAAUGUCCCCACUGGUCCAACUGUAUUCGACUUCUGUACUGGAACAUCAUCACUUCAACCAGUGCAUGAUGCUUCUAUCACGGAAGGGUAACGACUUUUUAUCCGUGCUCAACAAAUCAGAUUACAAUUACCUAGUCAGUUUGAUCAAGGAACACAUAUUGGCAACCGAUUUAUCACGCCACUUUGCCCGUUUACCGGACUUCAAUCGCACCUUGGAGCAGCGGGAGCAGUCCGCCGUCGGCCCCAAAUUCUCUUCUUCCAUGGAGCCAUGGCUGAGCAACCCUGAGGAGCGACUCCUCUUGAGUGACAUGCUUAUGACUUCGUGUGACAUAUCCGCCAUCACGAAACCUUGGCCGGUGCAAAAAAUUACGGCUGAAUUGGUCUCGUCAGAAUUUUUUGAACAAGGCGAUUUGGAAAAGGACAAACUUCGCAGUCAACCUCGAGAGCUCAUGGAUCGGAGUCACAUGCACGAAUUGCCUCGCUUACAAGUCGAGUUUAUCGAUUUUGUCUGUACUCCGAUCUACAAGUCGAUCGUCAAAGUAUCCAGUGCAUUACAACCACUUCUGGAUGGUUGUGUUAGGAAUCGUGAAUGUUGGUCCUACCUGGUGGAGGGCAGAGAAGUUCCAGAGUCCCUUUUUGGUCUUGAGGAAAUGGACAGCACUAACGGAUCGAGAGCAGUCCUGACCCGUUCUCAGGGGAUAUCUCCGAUCUUGGGAGUCAAUUCCGGUCAUACAACAAUUAAGUGACCUGGUAAAAUAACUUUGAAUUUGGGGCCUGACAUCGUCCUGGUGUCGUGUUGUCGUACUUAUCACACGUGUGGUCAUCCAGCGUGGACUCGCCAAGUGGAGUCGAGUUGACAUGUUUCCAUAUCUCGUGGAACUUCAAUCUGUCGUAGCACGAAGACCUGAUUUUCAGACUACCAAUGUAGGAACUGAAUUCUGAUUCUUUGAUUUGGCUCGAAAACUUCCACAAAACCUCCCUUCUGUGGUGCCUUAUUGGUGCCCCUAAGAGUCCAAAAUAUCCACGCAGAUGUUCGCAAGGGAUUCGGUUUUUUCACAUACCAUUCCCUUGGUUUAUUAGCGAUCACCAUCGUUGCUUCUAUACUUCUUCAAGUUAUUCAGUCCUUCAUUUUCUCUCCAAGUUCUGCCGCAUUUCAACUUAGUGGUACUUGAGUUCGUGUCAACGGGACACUAAACGCUUACCUUACAUGCAUUCGUGUUUCGACAGCAUUGAAUGCAUCUGCACUUCACUUGCACCCCAUUCAUUUUUUCCCUCCGUCUAUCAGUUCCCCAUUAUUUGUUCCCAACCUUGAUCCUAACUUUUUAUGUAACCGAAUUCUACUGGAAAAUCGCUUUCGU